CUCAUUCCAGCCUGACGAUCCUCAACAAUGCUUUACUUUCAGUUGGUGAUCAUGGCAGGGACUGUUAUGCUGGCAUAUUACUUUGAGUACACCGAUACGUUUAAUGUGCACGUCCAAGGCUUUUUCUGCCAUGAUAAUGCCUACACUAAGCCCUAUCUUGGACCUGAGGAGUCCAGUGCGAUCCCACCAGCUGUCCUGUACGCGGUGGUCUCAGGGGUCCCCGCACUUGUGAUCACAGUGACAGAGUCUGUGCUGUUCUUGCUGCAGUAUGUCUCUGAGGAUCUAGACAACAGGGAGAAGAUCAUUGUGAUGGGGGACUGUUGUUACCUCAACCCUCUGGUCCGAAGGACAUUUCGCUUUCUUGGUAUAUAUGCCUUUGGCCUCUUUGCCACUGACAUAUUUGUCAAUGCUGGGCAGGUGGUAACAGGAAAUCUGUCUCCAUACUUCCUGACGGUUUGCAAGCCCAACUACACUGCACUGGGGUGCCAACAGGUGGUGCGCUUCAUCAACCAACAGGAAGCCUGCACAGGCAAUGAGGAUGACAUUCUGCGUGCUCGCAAAUCCUUCCCAUCCAAAGAGGCAGCCAUCAGUGUUUAUGCUGCUCUGUAUGUUGCUAUGUACAUCACAUGCUCAGUGAAGGCCAAAGGGACACGGCUGGCCAAGCCUGUGAUCUCUCUGGGGCUCAUGUGUCUGGCCAUCCUAACAGGGAUUAAUCGCGUGGUGGAGUAUCGCAACCACUGGUUUGAUGUCAUCACUGGCUUCAUCAUCGGAGGAGCCGUUGCUGUCUUUAUGGUGGUGUGUGUGGUGAAACAUUUCAAAGGAAAGCCCUUACUGGGUGAGAUACCGCCAGAUGAGAGUUUGUCCAAUGGUUCCAUGAUCACUCAGCCGAGGAUGGAACACACUAUGGAGAAGUACAUAGCCUCCCAGACUCCCAUCACUUAUGCUGAGAUCACAUGACAAUGAAAAGUCGGCAAACAUAAAAAGCUGUG